AACGCAAAAGUGGUGCCGGGAAAGAUGGCGGCCGCGGGAGAGUCGGCGGCGGCGCCGGUGUGCGUGUUGGUGCUGGGUAUGGCCGGCUCCGGGAAAACCACCUUCGUGCAGUGCCUCGCGGCCCACCUGCACGGCCAGCGCUGCCCACCUUACGUGAUCAACCUGGACCCCGCCGUGCACGAGCUGCCCUUCCCCGCCAACAUCGAUAUCCGGGACACUGUGAAGUACAAAGAAGUCAUGAAGCAAUACGGGCUGGGCCCGAAUGGUGGAAUAGUGACCUCUCUCAAUCUUUUUGCUACAAGAUUUGAUCAGGUGAUGAAGUUUAUCGAAAAACGACAAAAUGCAUCCAAGUAUGUUAUCAUUGACACACCAGGACAGAUUGAGGUGUUCACGUGGUCAGCAUCAGGAACCAUCAUAACUGAGGCACUGGCUUCCUCUUUUCCUUCAGUUGUUGUUUAUGUGAUGGACACCUCUCGCAGUACCAACCCUAUCACCUUUAUGUCCAACAUGCUCUAUGCCUGCAGUAUCCUGUACAAGACAAAGCUGCCUUUUAUUGUUGUCAUGAACAAGACAGACAUAAUUGAUCACAGUUUUGCAGUAGAAUGGAUGCAGGACUUUGAGACUUUUCAGGAUGCUCUGAAUCAAGAGACUUCCUACGUCAGUAACCUGACUCGUUCUAUGAGUUUAGUGCUGGAUGAGUUUUACAGUUCAUUGAAGGUGGUUGGUGUCUCUGCUGUGUUAGGCACAGGACUGGAUGAUUUUUUUGUUCAGCUCUCUAAAGCUGUAGAAGAAUAUGAGAGGGAAUAUCGUCCUGAAUAUGAGCGCCUGAGGAAAACAUUGGAGAAGGCUCAAAAUAAACAAAAGAGAGAUCAGCUGGAGCGCCUUCGGAAGGACAUGGGCCCUGUGUGCAUGCAGGGCAACACACUUGCAGGGUCUGAUGAUGCUUCUGCAAUGGGUCCCUCUGAGCUGAUCCUAACACGAGGAAAUCUUGAUGAGGAUGAAGAAGAGAGGGAGAGUGACACUGAUGACAUCGACCAUGAAGUUACUGAGGAGAGUCACGAAGAACCAGCUUUCAAAAACUUUAUGCAAGAAACACGGAUGAGAUACCAGAGAAGAAGCAAUGAGAAUGAAUGAGACACCCAGAAAUAAAUGGCUUGAAAUUCCUUGAAAUGGAAUCAAAGGUGAAGGAACAGCAUAAAGAAAGCUGCAUGGAAACAUGCAUGAAGUCUGAAGUCCCUGAACAGCUUCCUCUGAUAUAUUGUACCUUUCUGCAGUAACUGUUGGUCAUAUGAGGGUUUUCUAUCUAACUGACUGCACAUUUGGCCAUCUGCUACAAAGUCACAGAACCUGGGGAGUUGGAAGGAACCCCUGGAGAUCCCCCAGUCCAAGCCCUGCUGAAGCAGGUUCCCUAGAGCAGGUUGCACAGGAAAGUGUCCAGGUGGGUUUGAACAUCUCCAGAGGACACUCCACCACCUCUCUGGGCAGCCUGUUCUGGAGCUCUGCCACCCUUGCAGUAAAGAAGGUAUUUUUUUUUCCUGA